AUGAGUGACUGGGACGAGACCACAGUUUUGCGCAAGAGCGGCCCGCGCCCGACCGUCGCCAAGUCGCAAUCCGUUGUCAACGCUGCACGUCGUGCUGGCGAGCUCGUUUCUACCGAGCGCAAGUCCGACGUGGCCAACCGCGGUCAUCACGUUGACACCGACCACCGUCGCAUUGCUGCCCUGGACCGCAGCGACGACGUGCGCCCGCCCUCGACAGUCAACCUGUCUGUGGGUAAGGCCAUCCAGCAAGCGCGGCAGGCCAAGGGCUGGACACAGAAGGAUCUCGCCACCCGCAUCAACGAGAAGCCCACAGUCGUCAACGAGUACGAGGCGACCAAGGCCCUGCGCGGCAAGGAUAUCGGCGGUCCCCUCCACCCUCCCAAGAAGAAGUAA